AUGAAUUUGGCGGAGACACAGCGACAGACGUUAGAAGAAAUUGACAUUUUAGAAGUGGAAACUGCCCAGCGUUUUCGAAGGAACCCGGAGCUAGGGCGCGCAGCGCAAAUUCGGCAAACCGAUUCAGUGCUAGAACUGAGAAGAAAGAGACCCCACAAGGAAACUUUGCUACAACAACACGAGCUCAAGUAUUUCAGCAAUCAAUACGAGCGUGAUUGCUCGCGGGCGAUCAAGAAUUUUGAGAGUCCCGAGCUUCUUCUGCAAAUCGAGAGUCUUCGGGAUCCCAACUUGAAGUUUGAGUCUAUAAACAGGGCCUUGACGGAACUUGAGUCUCGAUUCAAAUCUGUGCCAAUUCAGAGUGCAACUCCACUGCGUCUGGCAUUUUUAAUGUACCUGAGUGCUCCAGAAGAUGGAGUAAAGACUGUGGGCUCGAAGAAAAAAUUCAAAAGAAGAUAUUUUCUUUCUAGUGCAACAUCAUACCUUGCACAAGAGGUGGGCGAAUCUUUCGGAGAUCUUGAAAUGUACGGAAAAGUCCUAGGCCUUCAGGCGUAUUAUGAGAUUUACAGAUCGUUGUUUCCCAGCAAGCUCACAUAUGCAGAGUAUUUGCGUUCCUUCUCAAAGUUUCCCAAUUCCAACAAUUCUACAGACUACCUUCGUUAUCUCGAAUCUUUGCUAAAUUAUUUAAAAAAAAUGCAUGUGCAGUGUUUUCCCUUGAAAGCUCUCCCUGAAUUAGGGAAGACGAGGUCGAAAGCAACUGAGAUCGAAGAUGGUGAACGAAAUGAACAAGGUGAGAUCUUUUGCAAGGCAUGUGACAAGUAUUUCGCAAAAGAAUCCGUGUAUAAGGGGCACCUUGAUGGAAAAAAACACAAGAAAAACAGCUUGAAACAAACAACUACGCUGAAGGUUAAUCUGGUAACAGCACAAGAUUUGGAGCGAGAUAUAGAAGAGAUGACGAAAGCAAUGGGUCCGCUAUUGGAUGCCACAAUCUCAGACUACGAGAGACGUUCAGCAUUCUCUGACCGAGAGAAAAUGCUAGAGACUUUGGCAGUUGAAGGUGAGGAGUCUGAGUUUACUGCUGAGGAUUCUACUUCGGAAGCAAGUGAAGAUAAUGACGACGACGACGAAUUUUACUCUAAGGAUAUGCCAAUUGGCACAGAUGGGACGCCGAUACCUCUUUGGCUCUACAAGCUACAAGGACUUCAUCGUACAUACAAGUGUGAGAUUUGUGGUAACACGAGCUAUAAAGGUCGUCAACAGUUCACAAAACAUUUCACACAAUCGAAGCAUAUUCGCGGACUCAUGUGCCUUGGGAUAGGCGAGAUGGAGACGCCACUUUUCAACAGCAUAUCUUCGAUCGCCGAGGCACAGGCUUUAUGGAAACAAUUCAAGAAAGCAAAAAGUGCAGAGGAGGAGGAUCUUGAUAACGUAGAGAUCGAAGAUAGCGAGGGUAAUGUUAUGUCACAUAAGGACUACGUGGAAUUGAAGAAACAGGGGCUACUUUAA